CCGGCCGGCCAGCAAGGAGCGUCGCGACACCAAGCUCCGCACGCAGGUGGGCGCUCCGUCGUCGUCGAUGUCGAUGAUGGACGUCGGCACGGAGAUGACCCCGAUCGCCAGCUAGGAGCAGUCGAGGAGCGGCACCCCGGCCGGCGUUGCGACGCCGUCGCUGAGCCCGCUCUGCUCGGUGCCGGCCUCACCGUCCGCGUCGGAGCGGGAGCUGCAGCUGGGCAAGAUGAGCAUCGCGUCCUGGGCCAGCAAGGAGGAUCGCUUCCGCAACUCGCCCAAGAAGAGCGCCGACGAAGAAGACCGAGCCAAGAAGGCGGAGUUCGAAGCUUGAGUCACGGCAUGGGCAGAGUCCAAGAAGUGCAAGCUCGCAUCAAGAUAUCAGAGGAAGGAGGUGAGGAUUCAGGAGUGGGAGAACUGUCAGAAAUCGAAAUUCGAAGCCAAGAUGAGGCAUGCAGAGGUGCAGGCCGACCAAAUGAAGGCGCGGGCAAAGAACAGCCUGACCAAGAGGCUGUCCACGUUGAGCUACAAGGUGGAGGGGAAGCAGGCGAGGGUCGAAGCGAGGCGGAACCGGCGGGCAGUCCGGCUGGCCCGUCAGGUGCAGCGCAUCCGGAAGACCGGCCGCGUGCCGUCCCGGUUCCGGUGCUGCAGCUGGUUCCUCAGUUGAAAAUGAAACAAAAUUCAGAUGGCCUCUCAAGUGCAGCAUGACUGAAGAAGCAGCAUGAAGGUCUGAAUGCAAAAGCCUCCGGGACGAGAUGUACAUGAAAUUAUUUGAAUCAAUGUGCUGUAGGUGUUGCUUUGCUCUGUAGUCUGUACAAUCUGAAUGUCUGUGACCUGAGCUACAGUAGCAUGUUGCCGUUGUUAACAUGAGCUAAUGCUAAUGGCCUGCUGAUUAAUGUACUGAGAAAUUGAGAUCAUCUUUAUUGAUGGGGCAUGCUUUAUUUGCAUGAUUUAGAUGUCUUAACUUGA